UGAUCCUUGCAGGGAGCCUGCACACAACAAACGGCAAAACUUGCUGGCAAGAAACAAAUCCUUUCCCUCUGCAGGAGCUGUUGAAACUCCCGUGCUUGCUGUUAUUUUUACUGCCAAGAUCAGAAGCUCUCCCUUUAUUGUGCAUGGUGUUUCCUGCCUGUUCACACAGCAGCACAUGAUUCCACAACAGGCACAACUGAAUCAACUGGGAUUUGGUUCUCAGAAAACCCUUUCCCCUGCUCUUUCUGUUUGCCCAGUGGCAUUCACAAGCAUUAAGCAAAUGACCAGGCAGCAACAGGUAGUGGCUUCAGCAGGGCCUGGGAGUCAGCAAAUCUAGCUUGGACACUGCCUGGUUUGGACAAAUUGCUUCUCCUUUCUCAGUCUUCUUUGUCCAUCUGUUACAUGAGGAUACUCAAUUAUUUAGCUAUUAGUGUAUUACCAUGUUCUACUUCUGGGAUAAGUGCAUAAUUUGUCUAACACUAAGACCAGGUCAAAGGUUAGGUGGGUGGCAAAGUCUCACACAAGAAAGCUCCUGGAGUUAGUGGGCCUAUCUUCUGCUGGGUUUUGUACAGUAUUGAGUGCACAAUCAAUACAUAACCAGGAUAAAACAACACUAAUAUUAACAGUAUUGUGGUAACACUCAGGACCCAAUCAGGAUUUCAGCCCUUCUUUGCCAAGGCAUUGUGAAAAUAUGAGUAUACAGAAGAGGACUUGGUGAAGACUGAAUGGGGGAUAUGACUAUUUUUGUUCUAAAGUGGGUCCCAUUGAUCCUUCCUGACCGGGGGCAUUUUGCAGCCUGGAAGCACAUCUCUGUAGGACACUGCCCCUCCCUCUCCUGGGAUGACAUACCCUUUUUGCAAAAGCCACCAAGCCUUGUUGGGUCGAUAAAACCCAAUCAAUUGUUUUCCCUUCGAUUGAUGCAUGGUGAGUUUGUUAUCUGGCCGCUAACAAGAGGCAGUUUUCUAUCUGUUUACUAUAAAGAAAGCAAAGCAAACUGCCGGCUGGGGACAGGCGGCUGAACAUUUACUGUCAAUACAGCUGGAGAGAGAAAGGAGAUAUAAGGAACAAGGAGCAGAGGCCGCAGCCCACAUGAGUGAUCUGAGUAUAAAAAUGCCAGAAGAGAUAACAAAACAAAGUGGGUGGAUGGAGAUCAACUAGGGAGCACUUCCCUGUGCUUGGAAAGGGCUGAUACAUGAUCUAGUUAAGCGAUAAGAUGCAGGCAGACAAACGAUAAUGCUGGAAAGCUUUCUAUGCCCAGUAAGGUUUGAAAAGUGCUUCAAACUCAGCCAAAAGACCAGGCAGUAUUUGGGAUUUUUCUAGAUAUGCCUCUAUGCAGGAAUCACUAUUUGAAAAUAAUAGCAGUAAUCACAGAGCUUGUAAACAAUGGCUGGAUGGGGUUUUCUUAGUGAGUUGUGAAUGACUGUUGUAAAGCAGAGCAAGACAGAACAGGCAUCCUUCCUAGUUUGUCUCCCCUCUUCUUCAUCCACAGAGGAUGUAGAUGUCUGGGAGCCACAAGACAAGAAAGGCAGCAGGCAGAAAGGCGCAAGUGGUUCUGAAACAGCCCCAGCCAGUCAAGAGAGGAAGAGCUCUGACAAGGAAGGCAAGACAGAAGGACAUCCUACCAUGAAGCCGUUCACAGACGAAGACGUAGAGUAUUACCUCCAGACCAAGGUGGAACAGCGACACCUCCUGGUGUCCAAAACAGUGGAUGAAGUACAGAUGAUGAUCCAGCAACUGACCACAGAAGUUAGCUGCAGGGACAUACGAUUCCAGCCCAUCUCCAACUCUGGCAUUCACAAUGAGAAUUUUAAGGUCUUAACACCUAGCCAGUUCCUCAUGACUGUCCCACUGCGUGGCCUGACUGGGUACAAGGAGCACCAGGUGCGGCGCUGGCGGUAUUACACUGUGCAAGGGGAAAAGCUCCUCUCCUCGGUGAGGAACCCGGAGGAGUUGCACCAGUGGCUGGAGGUGGAGCAGUUUUCAAAGAGCCUCCAGCAGUGGCAUGACACGGAUAUGAACUUCGAAGGUGAUCUUGUUCCAGCCAAAGUCCUUGCUGUCUUCCGGGACCUGGUGGAGAAGUCGAUUAUAACCUGUGAUCUCUCCAGAAAAAUCAGCCUUCUGGAGAGCUUCAGCUCAGUGGUGCGAGUUGCUGUGGAAACAUCAAACCUUCAAGUAGAGGUGGAGCUGGUGCCUACAGUGGAGAUCUUAACCUGCUGGCCAGAGAAGGCCCAGUGGCCUCGCUGCCUCAGGCGCUGGCCUUCCCAGGAGAAAGUGCAAUGUGUGAAGUCAUUUGGCUUUAACCUCUUGGCCCGCUCCAAUUACCACUGGCAGCUGGGCUUCUCUCGAGCUGAGCGCCUAUUGAUGGAGGGCAUUGAUGAGGAUGGAGGGUGCCGCAUGAAGUGCUUCCGGGUCAUGAGGCAGAUGAAGGAAGACGUCUGGUGCAAAGGAAACAAGCCUGUUCUCUCUUCCUACCACCUCCAAAUGGUGCUGCUCUGGACCUGUGAGAAGUACCCGCGUGCCAAGGACUGGCGCUACUUCCGGGAGGGCUUCCUGCGCUUGGUGCGGAAGCUGCACAAGUGUGUGAGCCAGCACUUCCUGAAGCACUACUUCCUCAGGGAUGCAAACCUGUUCCAGUAUGCCAACACCAGCGACCUGGACCUGGUGGCAGGCAAGCUGAUCGUAUUCCUGGAGAACCCUGUGCUCUGCCUGGACUGAACUACCAGUGCCUCCCCAUCCAGUCCCGCCCAUACCCCAAGCUCCUUUUGUAGCUUGUGGUUGCUCUUCCUGCCCUUCCACAGACACUGUGAUCAAGUGCAUCAUGAAACAGAAGAGUCCAGCUGGGUAUGGGUAGAGACCAAGACCACAUGCCAAGACAGUGCCAUGUGCCAUCUGUAUUUGAAGUCACUGCCAUCCAACCCCCUAAGCCACCAGGCAGAGCAGCACAGCCCCCCCCCCCCCCCCCCAGUGGUCAGUCCUGUAAUGUCUAAACCAAAGGCAGCAUGAGCUAGUGGCAAGAGCAAGGAGCUGCCACCCACUCUGUAACCAUGUGCAUGUCACUUCACCUCUCUGUGUCUCCCCACACUGAUGUUUUAAACUGGGUUAAUCUCUACUUUCCUCAGCAGCUUGUUGAAAGGAUAGAGGACUGAGCACAUCUAGGGAAUGCAGAGGUGUUUGGAUGGAAGUUUCUGCUGGAGCACCAUGUAUUGUUAUUUCCAAUGCUCCAUCUGCAGCUCCACAGAACUUCCACCUCUCUGUAAAGACAAUUUAAUAGAUCAUUGCAUUGAACAGUCCAAUUGCUUGUUUUUGUCUUCUCCUCUGCUGUCUUCCCUGUUGAUUUUUGUCCCUAGAUUUUUCCUUGGGAGGGCAGGAGGGGAGAGGAGCUCUCUACCUUUGCCUUUCCCACCCUUCCCAGUGCCACACAGCACAUGCAGUGAAGAUGUUUGCCAUGAGAGGUAUCUUGCUCCUCUGGCUCUGCCCAGCUGGCCAAGGGAUAAACAGAUUUCUUGGCUUUUGGUCCCUUUGUCAUUCCAGGCGGUAAAAGACAGCAGAAGAAUUGCUACGAGGUCCAGCGCUUAUAUUUUGUUUUCAAAGCAAUACGUUCAAUAUUACAAUACCCAACACUAUUUUCAAAGCAAAGUCCCAGUGUUUCAAGGAAACAAGUUUUGAGGUAACCGUUUGUUUUGGUGUCGUGCUGCUCGUGUUAUUUAUUGGCUCAGAGUACAAUAAAAUGGGCUUUUUCCUGCC